AUGGCAGCCAUUCUGAAGCUAAACUAUACGUCAGUGUCUGAAUUCCUCCUCGUUGGUUUCUCCACCUUCCCCCACCUUCAGCUCAUGUUCUUCCUGCUCUUCCUGCUGAUGUACCUGUUCACGCUGCUGGGGAACCUGCUCAUCAUGGCCACCAUCUGGAGGGAGCCCAGCCUCCACACGCCCAUGUACCUCUUCCUGUGCGCCCUCUCCAUCUCCGAGGUCCUCUACACCUUUGCCAUCAUCCCACGCAUGCUGGCCGACCUGCUCUCCACCGACCGCUCCAUCUCCUUCAAGGCUUGUGCCAGCCAGAUGUUCUUCUCCUUCACGCCCGGCUUCACCCACUCCUUCCUGCUCACCGUCAUGGGCUACGACCGCUACGUGGCCAUCUGCCACCUCCUGCGCUACAACGUGCUCAUGAGCCCCCGUGGCUGCGCCUGCCUGGUGGCCUGGUCCUGGGCUGGAGGCUCAGUUGUUGGGCUGGUGGUGACAUCAGCCAUUUUCCAACUCACCUUCUGUGGGUCUAAUGAGAUCCAUCAUUUUGUUUGCCAUGUAGAGUCUCUUCUGAAGUUGGCCUGUGGAGAGAACAUCUCCAUUCUGGCCGUGGGCGUGGGCCUGGUGUGUAUCUCAGCCCUGCUGGUCUGCUGUCUCCUCAUCCUCCUCUCUUAUGCCUUCAUCGUGGCUGCCAUCUUGAGGAUUCCAUCAGCCGAGGGUCGGCACAAAGCCUUCUCCACCUGUGCGUCCCACCUCACCGUGGUGGUCGUGCACUAUGGCUUUUCCUCUGUCAUCUACCUCAAGCCCAAGGGUCCCCAGUUUCUGGAAGGAGACGCCCUGAUGGGCAUCACCUAUACAGUCCUCACUCCCUUCCUCAGCCCCGUCAUCUUUAGCCUCAGGAACAAGGAGCUGAAGAACGCCAUGAAGAAGGCCUUUCUCAGCAGACUCUUUCCCUCCAACAUCUGA